UUAUGUUUGCUGUCACCUCAGAGAGUUGGGCAAACUUCUGCUGUACAAAGUUACGAUAAAAGUGUUUCAGGCUUCAUUUGUGAAAUAUUGAAAGCUACGGAGGGACACUAGAUCGUAAAGGGGCAGUGAUACUAUGGGAAUACUAACCAUAAGUCUCAAGAACAUUGUGUUGGUCCACUGGUUACUGACAAUCUGGGCAUGUUUUAUCAGCUGGCUUCCUACUUCUUAUGUGUUGGCGAACGUGAGUGUUCUUGCAGUGGGAGUGUGGGCCAUUGCACAGAAAGAUUCCAUAGACGCUAUAUUAAUGUUCUUGAUCGGGCUGGCAGUGACCAUCCUGACCGACAUUGUACAUUUUGCGCUGUACUACGCUGCGGGUGAAUUCCAGUAUAAAAGCGUGGCACCGGACUUGUUUCGCUUUAGUGGGGGCCUGGCCAUCACUAGCCUGAUGCUCAAACCUGUUUCCUGCUUAUAUGCCUACCACGUGUACCGCGUGCGGGGUGGCGAAAACAACUUCAGCUUCAGGUUUCCAAGGAUAACUCGAAACAGAGAUGAAUACCAAACCUUUGACCACCAGGACCAGCCUGGCAGCUCUGCCAACAACCAAGCAGAGGCUGGCAAACCUGGGCCAAGUCCCUGCUAAACAAAGACCAAACCCAAUAUAUAACCAACCAUCUUUCUUUGCUGUCAAUAAUGCAUAAGGAAUUUUUGUCUGGGUUAAGUUUUUUAUUUUUAUUUUCUUUAAAUAUAUAUAUAUAUGUAUGUAUGUAUGUAUGUAUGUAUGUAUGUUUUGUAUUUCAUAAAAACACAGUACAAGCUUCAAAAACACAAACGAGAGGUUUUGAGCAAACAAUUUAAACAGCUUAAGGGUUGUGAAGUUUAGUCUAAGAAAGGUCUCCUGAAGCCGUAUUUUGGGGUGUUUGGCAGCUCUUCUGCUGUGUGUCCAUCUUUUACUGUUGGUCAGUUAUUACUUAUAGUAAUAUAUCCGAGAUGCUUAUACUCAGCAUACUGUAGUUUUCUACAUUUAUUUACUUAAUUUAAUUUUUGUUUGCAGUGAGAAUCCAAAAUCUGUUAAUUUUGUAAAUAUUUCAAGGAUUCAAAAGAUUGUUGUUAAACCAUAUGUCACGCAAUCUGUUCUUUAUAUAGUAAAAUUCAUUAGAUUGGUCAUUCACUGGAUUAUUUAUUUGUGAAGUUUGUUAAUGCUUAAUUUGGGCACUAGAGAAUUGGGAUUUCCUAAUUUUGAGACCUAUAAAUCAAAAGUGAUAUAGGAUUUGAUGUAGGAAUGUAUUUAGAUACAAACAAUGCUGAUAUCAGUCUACCAGUAUCAACAGAUUUGUUACAGAAUUAAUUCAUUUGAUAUGUUGUUUUUCUCCUCAAAUGUGCUUUAGAAUAAAGAUUUUACAGUUA